AUGCAGGGUGGCAAUUCUCACAGGCCGGUAUCCCCGCUUAGGUCUACUCAACUACCUUAGAAUAAUGUGUUUAACAGAAGUUCCUCUAAUGAUAGUCAUCAUGGAAUUGCAUAGUCUACAACUCCAACUUAAUUCAGUCUACAGAACUUGCCUCAUCAGAUGUCAAGAGAUAAUAGUCAGAGCAAGAUUAGGCUAUCAGAUAUCAUAAGAUAAGAAAGGAAGUAGAUGUAGGAGACUAGUUCUUUGAAGCAGCUGUUAAUAGAUCAUCAAGUUAACUAAAUCGUUAACUAAAAAUACUAAGACGAUAAUAAAGAAAAUUUUCUUACAUCUCUAGACUAGAUACAAGGUACAUUUGAUAAUAAUUUGAUAUAUUCUCCCACUGAGUAAACAUAACAAUAGAUUAUACUUAAUAAAGUUUUGCAGGAUGUCACAUAUAAAUCAAAUAACAUAAGCCAGGCUGAUACUUCUCAAACAUUUGAUAACUCUUUUAAGAACUACCUAAAUCCAAAUAACGAAUAGAGAUUUUUAAGCAAUCAUUAAGAAACAGGUAUAAUAUAAUACUAAAAUAACUCAUAAAAUAACAUUCAGAAUCAAUUAUUCAUGAAUUCUUUUGAAAGAAAUCCCAACUAGAGUCACAACAAUACUAACAUCAACUACCAUCAGAACAACUAGGUCCAUGAUGUAAGUCCUUUGAGGCAGGAAUUCGAGAGUAGAUAUCAUUUUGAAAGAUCAAGAGGGGAUAUCCUAAACUAAGAUCUAAAGCUUAAGCAACAGUCGAAUAGCUAUUUUCAAAACGAUCAAUUAUCAAAUUCAUUUGUGGUUAUAAAUCAUGAUCUGUAGCCACAACUAAGAUACAACUAUGAGAAGAGAUCUAUCGAUGAAAAUCAGAAUCAGUUGAUGCAGUCAAAUGCUCAGCAUUACAGAAGUCUAUCCUAGCCAUAAACAAAUAGACACUAUCAUCAUUAGAAUCAUGGUAGCAACAACAAUGAUAGUGAAUAAAUAACUAUUCACUCAUAACAGCCGCAAACUAUGAGUAUUAACUAGUAUGCGAUGAGAGCAGGGUAAGCUCAUAAUUAAUCCAUGCUCAACUCGAACUAUAUUAUAAAUGAUUAGUCAGUCUAACAUAACAUAUCAUAAUAUAACCCAGUUGACGAAUCUUCCUCACUAUAUGAAUAUACCUAAGAUUACGCUUCUAAGAAAAAUCAUCAGCAUCUAGUUGAUACUCAGUAACCACAAUAGUGCUUCCAAAAAUCUUUUAGUAAGCUUGACUAGUCUCCUUUGAGGCUCUAAGCAUCAGAGUUAUCCUAAAAAAUUAAGAAGUAAUCUGAUUAUAAAUCAGUGAAUGAAUAGUAUUUAAUAAAGGAGCUAGAAUUUAUGAAGAAACAGCAUAGAGAUUUGGAGGAAUUGCACUAGAAUAAGUUGAUAGAGAGUGAGUAAGAGCUUUAAAAGAAGGAGAAAUAUAUUACCAAGCUCGAAAGGCAUGUUAAGGAAAGCAACUAGAUAAGUAACUAAAAAUAGUCAGAGCUUUAAGACAAAUUAAGAGAACUGCUAAAAGAAUAAGAAACAAAGGAUAUAAUAGAUCAUGUUAACCUGUUUGAGACUUUAAGUUCCAAAAAAACUGGCUCAGACAUUUACGAACUUCUUAAGAUCAUCAUUGAUAAGCUUUUUAAAAAGAUAAAAUCCAAUAGAGAUGAGAAUAUAGAUUAGAAAAUCUUGAACUUGACUACAACAACUUAGAGACAAGAUUUAAUAACAAAUCAAACUCGUUCUAUGAGAUCCUUUGAUAAUUAAUAAAAAAGACUUUAAAACUAUCGUGAGCCUUAGAUAAUUGAAGCAGAGCUGAAUGAUUGCUAGAGAAAACUAAAAGAUUUGGAAUUGUUAAUCUAAGUCAAUAAAUCCAUUCAACCAUCAAGCAUGCUGGGAUCUUAAUCCUCAAAUAAUCUUUAAAGUUCUGGGCCUAUCAUUCCUUAUCAAUCUUUAAAGUAGUAAUCCUUGCAUUAUCAAGGACUAGAAAAGUAAUUAAUGGCAUAAAAUCUUAUGGAUAAAGAGGCUCUAUAAUUCGAGAAAGAUCUUAUGAGUUAGCCUAGCUUUAACUUAGAAAGAACACACGAUGAGUUACCCAAUUCCUAUAAAUAUAAUCACAACUAAAUGAAUGACUCCUAGAAGGUAUAAUAGCAAAUGAGAUAGCAGAGAAAAACCUAAUUCUUAUCUGUGGAUUAAUAUUACAGGUAGCAGUAGAAUUAAGAAUAGUAGAAUUCAGUACAUGCUAAUUUAAAUUAGAUCAAGAACAAAAGCAAUAAUUGUAAUCAAAGAGGAGUAUAUGAAAGCAGUGCUAGACUAAAUGAUGAAUAGACUUAAAGAAGCAGAGUUUAAAGAAUCUCAAAUAAUUCUAAGCCUAAUAAUGGUGGUGGUGGCUACACUCCCUUAAGGUCUAAUCCUCUCCAAGCUAAUAGAGUAUCGCCUGGUAGAUCCUUAAGUAAAGAGAGAAGCAUUUCUGGAUCAUUAAAAAAAUCAAUCUCACCUUCAAUGCUAAAUUCUAGCCAGAAAAAUCUUAGAGUGAGAAGAGCUUACUAGUAAAAUGGAUCUCCAAAUAAGAAACUUAAUGGGAAGAACAUGUUAAAAUAGUAAUCUCAGAGUUUCCAUAUCCACAGCAAUAAUUCUUCAGUAUAAUACUUAAAUCAUAAAAAUCAAUUGAAUACAACGACUCACAUACCACUUUAGCAUAAUCAAUAAAUGCCAGUUAGGAUCUAAAAUUAAUAUAGAGCCAAAUGA